CCAGGCGAGGGGAGUGCCUGUACUUGCAGCUCCACCCUCCAGGCCCGAGGGCCCACUGGCCCGGGAGCGGUCUAGCUGAGAUGACGGUCAAGCUGGAUUUUGAGGAGUGUCUUAAGGACUCACCCCGCUUCCGAGCCUCUGUCGAGCUGGUGGAAGCCGAAGUGUCAGAAUUGGAGACCCGGCUGGAAAAGCUCCUCAAACUGGGGAAUGGCCUCCUGGAAAGUGGGCGGCACUACCUUGCCGCCAGCCGGGCCUUCAUCGUGGGCAUUUGUGAUCUCGCCCACCUGGGACCACCAGAGCCCAUGAUGGCGGAGUGUCUGGACAAAUUCACUCAGAGCCUGAGCCACAAGCUGGACAGCCAUGCUGAGCUCCUCGAUGCUACCCAGCACACAUUGCAGCGGCAAAUUCAGACCUUGGUCAAGGAAGGUCUCCGGAGCUUCCGAGAGGCUGGCCGGGAUUUCUGGCGGGGGGCUGAGAGCCUGGAGGCUGCUCUUAUCCACAACGCAGAGGUUCCCAGGCGCCGGGCCCAGGAGGCAGAAGAGGCUGGAGCCGCUUUGAAGGUCGCUCGAGCCGGGUACCGGGGCCGGGCCCUGGACUAUGCCCUGCAGAUCAAUGUGAUUGAGGACAAGAGGAAGUUUGACAUCAUGGAGUUUGUGCUGCGUUUGGUGGAGGCCCAGGCUACCCAUUUCCAGCAGGGCCACGAGGAGCUGAGCCAGCUGGCCCAGUAUCGCAAGGAGCUGGGUGGCCAGUUACACCAGCUGGUCCUGAAUUCAGCCCGCGAGAAGAGGGACAUGGAGCAGAGACACGUGCUGCUAAAACAGAAGGAGCUGGGUGGGGAGGAGCCAGAGCCAAGCCUAAGGGAGGGGCCUGGUGGCUUGGUCAUGGAAGGACAUCUCUUCAAAAGGGCCAGCAAUGCAUUUAAGACCUGGAGCAGACGCUGGUUCACUAUUCAGAGCAACCAACUGGUCUAUCAGAAGAGGUACAAGGACCCUGUGACCGUGGUGGUGGAUGACCUCCGUCUCUGCACAGUGAAGCUCUGUCCUGACUCAGAAAGACGGUUCUGCUUUGAGGUCGUGUCCCCCAGCAAGUCCUGCCUCCUGCAGGCUGACUCAGAGCGCCUCAUGCAGCUGUGGGUCAGCGCCGUGCAGAGCAGCAUCGCCACAGCCUUCAGCCAGGCUCGCCUUGAUGACAGCCCCCGGGGUCCAGGGCAGGGCUCAGGACACCUGGCCAUAAGCUCCUCUGCCACGCUGGGCCCUGGCGGGUUGACCAGGGGAAGGGAGCCUGGUGGAGUGGGGCAUGUGGCAGCCCAGGUGCAGAGCGUGGAUGGCAACGCCCAGUGCUGUGACUGCCGGGAGCCCGCCCCCGAGUGGGCCAGCAUCAACCUCGGCGUCACCCUCUGCAUUCAGUGCUCCGGCAUUCACAGGAGCCUUGGAGUUCAUUUCUCCAAAGUCCGGUCUCUGACCCUUGACUCAUGGGAGCCGGAACUCGUGAAGCUCAUGUGUGAGCUGGGAAAUGUCGUCAUAAACCAGAUCUAUGAAGCCCGUGUGGAGGCCAUGGCUGUGAAGAAGCCAGGACCCAGCUGCUCCCGGCAAGAGAAGGAGGCCUGGAUUCAUGCUAAAUACGUGGAGAAGAAGUUCCUGACCAAGCUUCCUGAGAUUCGAGGGCGAAGAGGUGGCCGGGGGCCCCCCAGGGGGCAUCCUCCUGUGCCCCCAAAGCCGGGGCUUAUCAGGCCCAAGCCGGGGAGCUUCAGAUCCAAGCCAGAACCCCCCUCUGAGGACCUGGAGAGCCUGCACCCCGGGGCCCUGCUCUUUCGAGCUGCUGGGCACCCUCCAUCCCUUCCCACCAUGGCUGACGCCCUUGCCCAUGGAGCCGAUGUCAACUGGGUCAACGGGGGUCAGGAGAAUGCCACACCGCUGAUCCAGGCCACAGCUGCUAAUUCUCUUCUGGCCUGUGAGUUUCUCCUCCAGAACGGGGCAAACGUGAACCAGGUGGACAACCGAGGCCGGGGCCCGCUCCACCACGCAACCAUUCUUGGCCACACGGGGUUGGCCUGCCUGUUUCUGAAACGGGGGGCCGAUCUGGGAGUUCGAGACUCUGAAGGCAGAGACCCCCUGACCAUCGCCGUGGAAACAGCCAACGCUGACAUCGUCACUCUGCUACGAUUGGCAAAAAUGAGGGAGGCCGAUGCGGCCCAGGGCCAGGCUGGAGAUGAGACAUAUCUUGACAUCUUCCGUGAUUUCUCUCUCAUGGCAUCCGACGACCCGGAGAAGCUGAGCCGGCGUAGUCAUGACCUCCACACGCUUUGAUCCCAGGCCUUCAAGGGCUUGCACCCCCAUCCCUUCCCUCCCCAUCGCCCACUCUUUCCAUUAAAGCCUUUGUGCUUUGCU